AUGAAGUUUUUGUUAGUUCUCAGUGUUGUGGCUUUUGCCUCGUGCAGUCCAGUGGCUCAAGAUAAUUCAGUGAUGCGUUCGGUGCUAACAAAUGUGAUGAAUUGCAUUAACAGUGAUUUGGGAAUUUGUUUGAAGGAACAAGUUCUGAAAGCAACUCAACGUCUUGGUUCUGUACGUCAACUGAAGGUCACUGAAGGGAUCAUAUUUCUCAACAAUGCACCCAUAGAAGCCAAAUCCCUGGAGCUGUCUGAGGAACCUGAAGUCAGAAAGAGGCAGCUGACUGAGAAGCUGUGGGAAAGCGCGACCGAUUUGAUGAAGAAUACCGACUUGGAGCUAAUCCUGCCUACUCCCGACGAUGAGGAAGAAUCCAGAGCUCUUGACAGCAAUGUUGAAGAAGGCCGUGGCAAGAAGAAAGAAAUUAAGAAGAAACUUAAAGUGUUGAUCCCUCUCCUUAUCCUCGCUAAGAUCAAGGCUGCAGCCAUCAUCGUUCUUUCCUUGGUAGUGAUCGCUGCCUCUAUAUUCAAGAUUGCUGUUCUUGCCAAGAUUGCCUUCAUUGCUAAGGCUAUCUAUAUCCUCAAGACUCUUCUCCACAAGAAGCACGAGGAAGACCAUGGUUGGAUUCAUGCUGCCCCCCAAGGGCAUGGUUGGGAAGCUCCUUCACACGGGUGGGAAGCUCCUUCUCAUGGUUGGGAACGUGGGUGGUCUCGCUCCAAGAAUGACGGAAAUAACCUGGCUUAUUCCGCCUACUCUAGCUAAGCUACCAAAAACUGCAAUGACAAAUUUAUUCGUAUUUUCUCUAUUUGGGGCAUGAGAGAUGGUAAAUUAACGUUCUCCAAUAGUAGAUUUUUAUUCGAUUUACAUUGUUUAUUCUCAUUUGAGAAAAAAGUAUGAAAAAAUGUCGUUCAAUUGUACAAGAUGGUUUCUUAUCGACGAUAUUUAUCGCAGUAAGAUUAUUUAUUGGUGUGU